CGGAUAUAAUUCAACUCAUACGCCACGGGAUUUAAGAUCAUUUAUACCUCGGCUUCUCGGAGUCGGAUUAAUUGAGGAUUUGGUACCUUACGUCGUACUGGGAGCAGAGUAAGGCAAGAGUGGACAGGGUUUAUUUCUAUUUGGAGUAGAUACGUGGUACCCAUACCUUAGACUACUCGUACAAGCUUCCGCUCCCACUAGAACAUCGACCGUCAAGAACUUUAUACGCAAAUAAUCCAAUCACACCUUAGAACGCUUUAAAUCCAUCAAAAUGGCGGGACCUAAACCGGGACAGAAGACAGUCCUCGUAACUGGCUGUACCCCAGGUGGUAUUGGACAUGGCAUAUGCCUGGAAUAUCAUCAACGCGGUCUCCAUGUCAUUGCUACCGCCCGAAGAUCUGAGGUCUUGGCCGAUCUCGCGGCUCUGGGCAUGAGCACCGUGCCACUCGACGUUACCGAUGCCGAAAGCAUCAAACGAUGCCACGAAGAAGUCGCAAAGCUCACCGGCGGCAAGCUAGAUAUCCUCGUGAAUAAUGCUGGUCGUACACAUACGCAUCCCGCGACAGACAUCUCAUUGCCGGAUGUCCGACAGACCUUUGAGACCAACGUCUUCUCAAUAAUGGCCAUGGUACAAGCCUUUAUAGACCAGCUCAUUGCGGCAAAGGGCUUGAUUAUCAACAUUUCCUCGCUUUCGUCUGUGACCCCUUAUGUAUUUGGCUCGGUCUACUGCGCGAGCAAGGCCGCUGUCGUAGGCUAUUCGCGUACCUUACGAAUGGAGCUAGCGCCCCUUGGAGUUCGCGUGAUGGUAUCGAUGACUGGUACGGUAAAAAGCAAUACAGCUGCACAACCUCUUCGAGGCCUGCCGGAAAAUAGCCUCUAUAGCCGCGCCAAGGAGAUAUUCGAAUGGAGAGUUGUCUUCAGCCAAAAUGCGUCCACCUUUCCCACCGAGACGUUUGCUAAAAAGUUGGUCAACGACUCUCUACGCCCAGAGGUUCCUACGAUACUCAGACGCUGGUUCGGAAGACCGGAUUGGUUCUGGUCUGGCGGGAUGGCAAAUUUCGUAUGGUUUGGGACAUGUAUAGGCGAGUGGCUUAUUGACGCCUUCUGUUGGCGCACCUUUCGAAUGGACGAGAUAACGAAGCUACUUAGUGAGGAUCAGAGCCAGAAAAAGCUGAAGUGAUGCUGCCACCAUUUCACAUUUCGUCUGUAAUCAAAUUUCCACGCCAUGAACGCGGGGCCAUUAUCCCUGAUUUGUAGCAUAGCGUUCAGUUUUCUCAACCAUCUAGCACUUUUUCACUUGAUACUACCGACAAAAUCAGUCAUCGUAGCUAGUGUAAUGGACGCUAACCUAUAAAAGAUCAAUUGCCCGCGGGCGUGGGUUCAAUAUUAGAUCUUACUUCCAGACGCGUUAGUAGGAGUCAGAUUGUGCACCAAGAUAAAGACAUUGAUCCAGUACAUCAUCUACAUCGGCUAAGCAC